GCUGCACGGUGCUUACUAGGCGGCAGUGUUUGUGCUGCUCAUGCUGACAUGCAGUAUCUAAUGUACAAUAUCCCCGGUGAGACGGUGCUGGCGGUGUGUGGGGACUCCAAGAUUGCCAGCAAUCCCCCAUUGGCAGGAUCCUGGUUUCAGUCUGCGCCGCGGCUUUGAUAGUCACUAUGAGUCAUUUUGGCUAUUCCCAAUCCAGGUCCAAAGGGAGGGGCUGAGCAGGGGGCGGGUGCAUGUUACAGCCCGCGGGAUGUUACCGUGCACCGAACCUCGAGCCCGGGGCGGCAUAGUUACAGUGUCGUGGUCUGUCUAUAAAUGAUGACCACGGCCUCGCCUCCACUCUCACAUGCCUAUCUUCCUCCUCCUCAAGCCACUGCACCGGGUUGAUGGUAUAGCCUCAACCGCACUCAAUCCUCCCCCCCAAUCUCCUCAGGAGACUUGAAGCCGGCCUCGACACCAGAGGCCGCAUUACAGUAUCGAACAAUGGUGGCUGCAGGAUCCUCAUCUGCAGCGGCGGCGCGCCAGGGGGCAAGUGCCUUCUACCGACCUUCCCAGCAGUAGUUUCGUCGACUACAGUCUCCAUCAAGACCAUUCGGCGGCGGCAGGGCUCGGGCUCGAACCCUCGGGCGCGGAUUUCCUGUCGCCACUGCUCUGGCCUGGCAACACCACUGGAGCUACUUAUGCUUCCCAAGACCCUCUGUCGUUUGGGCAAGCCUGGGAAUCGUCGGCAGACACUACUCCUGCCGUGCCCCCCCUCGACCUGGACUUUACCUUUGACCCUGCCCUGAUAGACGCCCUCCCGGAACCUACCCACAUCCCAGAUUUCUUUGUUGACCAUACACGCCACGUCAACCCCAGCGCCCACCACCCUCACAUGCGAACGCCAACUCAGACCCUCGAGCCCGUCACCACUGCAGCCGCCCUGACGGCCAUCUCUGCCACCGCCACUGCCGCCAACACCGCCAUCGCCGCCACCAAUUCCUCGGGAAGCAAAUCGCCAGCGUCCUCCCUGUCCGACUACAGCCCGCGGCCGGUCGGCGCCAGCGGGGCCGGUCGACAGCCUGCCAAGCCGCAAGAGGACCCAGACGUCGUCCUCAAGCGCCAGCGCAACACCAUCGCCGCGCGCAAGUACAGGCAGAAACGCCUCGACCGGAUCACGGAGCUGGAGGUCGCCUUGGAGAGUGUGACGCGGGAGCGGGAUGACCUGAAGCUUCGGCUGGCAAGGCAGGAAGCCGAGACGGCGGCUCUCAAGGAGAUGAUGCGGAUGAACUCUGGUGGACAAGACCGUGGUAAAUAGGAAUUUGAAUGUCUUUCCAAACUUGACUUAAAAACCUUUUGUUUCUUUUCUUGAAGCUUUCUCCUGUGAUGAAGAAGACAAGAUGAUGAUGGUGACACUACCGGGUCCAACCUUCGACUCGGUAACAUUUUGUGUCGACAAGACUUACACGAAACAGACUGGGCCAACUAUCAGCAUUUGAAACUACUGGUAACUUGUCGCUGUCGCACAGAGACUAUAAAGGUGAGACUUGGUCGGUUCUACGCAUGCUAGGUAUCCGUCAGCGGAUCGUGAACCGAGAGUUCUGGAGACAAAGGGGUGCUUGAUGGCAGGAUGCUCAGACGAUGUCGGCUCAUGACCAGUACUGUCUCUCAGUCUUGCUAGACUCAUCUUCCUAAAUGAGAAGCACGAUCGGUAUAGGGAACGAGAGUGUCAUCUUGACUGCGGGGUUGGACGGGUGGGGGAUGGGGUGUGGGAUCUUACCAUGCAAUCAAUGUUCGAUCUGACUUUCCGUACAUGGAUGUCACAUGUGCAACGUUCCAAUAUUCUAGAAACACACUUCUCAAGGAGGGAAAAGUUGCAUCGGUGCAUCGAGACCUACAUAUAUCUCUAAUUCAUGGGACAUGAUUCCAACGUCGUUUAUAUAUACCUAAGCAUAUUUCCCCUA